AUGUCCAGUAGCGAGGGUUUUAUUGUUGCACCAACAGAAUUGAUAGUGCAUAAUUUAUGUAAAAAGUCAGAUAAUACCAUUGAAGGUUUAUUGGACGAAUCUGGUGAUUAUGGUUGUUCCACAGAUUUUAUCAACAAACCUUGUGUAGAGUUGAAAUUUGAUAGAGUUUAUCAAUUUACCACUCUCGAAUGUACCUCCAACAAGAAGUAUUACGAUGAUCAACAGAGAUUAAAGGGUGUUGAUAUUUAUUGUCGUUCCAAUGAAAGUGAUCCGUGGAAGGAAAUUUAUUCAUUCAGAGAAGGACACGGCAUUCAAAAAGUGCAAUUGGGAUGUGCAGCUCGUUAUUUCAAAUUUGAUAAAUUUGGAACUCAUCAUGUGGCUUUUGGUAGAUUGUGGUUGAGAGCUAGUGAUGCUCCUGCUGUGAAUAUAAAGACAAAGACUGGUGAGAUUGUUCAAGUUUCCAAUGUACAAGAAGUUACUGUUGCUGAGAAUUUAGAUGAACCACCAUAUACAGAAGGUGAAAUCAGUGUAAUUGCUCCAUCAAAAUUGGUAUUAUCCACUAAGGAUAGUUGGGGAAAUAACACCAUUGAAGGAUUAUUAGACGAAACUGGAAAGCAUGGUGCUUGUACUUCAAAUGGAUUGAAGCAGAAUAUUGUUCUCACUUUUGAUAGAGUUUACCUUUUCACAUUACUCGAAUUCAAGACAAAUAGAUUGGGAGAAAUUAAUCAAUAUGGUUUAUUACAAGAUACUUUAAUCGAAUAUAAACAAUUCGAAAGUCAAGAAUGGAUUCCAUUGAGAGAAAUCAGUAAAUCUGAUAUUAAGCUCAAUCCAGAAAGUACAUUUAUCCAUUUUGAUACACCAGUCAAAGCAAGAACUUUCAGAUUUACAAAAUUGGGAAAUGGUUUCGUCCAAUUAUUCUUUGGAAUGUUGAAAUUAUUUGCUUAUCAUCCAUAUACUGAAAUCAAGACACUUUCAGGAGUUGUUUCUAGAUAUGUUUCACCAUCUUCUGUUGUAUCUGAACCUGUUGUCACUCAACCAGCUACAACCACUCCUGUAGUUUCUCAACAACAAACUGUAACUCCAGUAGUUACACAGACACCUCCUGUUGCUGUUUCUCAAGAUGAACCAAAAUAUACAUCUGGUGAAGUUAGUGUCAUUGCUCCAGUUGAAUUGAAAAUGUCUGGCAAAGAUAGUUGGGGAGAUAACACCAUUGAAGGAUUAUUGGAUGAUUCUGGUAAAUUUGGUGCUUGUACAACAAAUGGUAGCUCUGAAAUUAGAUUGAUUUUCGAUCAAGUUUACUUGUUCACAUUCUUGGAGUUUAAAGCUUGCAAAUUGGGUGAAGGAAAUCAAACCUACUAUCUUCAAGAUUCAACAAUUGAAUACAAGGUUAAGGAAAGUGAUGAAUGGACCAAGUUAAAGACUCUUGAAAAGUCAGAUAUCAAGUUCAAUCCAGAGCUCAAUACCAUCAAUUUUACAACACCUAUCAAGGCUAAAUAUUGGAGAUUUUUCAAGCAAUGGACCCACUUGUUCUACGGUAUGUUGAGAAUGUAUGGUUAUGCUCCAUAUAUUGCUCACAAGACCAAGUCAGGUACAGUUCAACCUUAUGUUCCUGGAUCUUCACAACCUGUUGUUACAUCUACUCCAGUUGUUCAACAAACAACAACCACUCCAGUAGUUUCUCAACCGGUAACAUCUACUCCAGUAGUAACACAAACACCUGUUGUUUCCACUCCUCAACCACAAGUUGUUCAACAACCAGUAGUAGCUCAACAAGUUGUUGUACCAACAGUUUCUGAUGAACCUAAAUUUACUUCAGGUGAUAUCAACUGUAUCCCUCCUCUUGAAAUGAAGCAAUCUUCAAAGGACAGUUGGGGUGAUAAUACUUUAGAAGGAUUAUUUGAUGAUUCUGGUAAAUUGGGUGUUUGUACAGGUAAUAAUUCUAACCAAUUUAUUGAAAUCAAAUAUGGUGCCGUCUAUUUAUUCACUUAUAUGGAAUUUAAGACAAGUAAAUUGGGAGAAUCUAUGCAAUUAAGUAGUUUAGAUAAUGUUAAAAUUGAAUACAAAGUUAAGGAAUCAGAUUCAUGGACACUUGCUGUUCAAUUAAAGAGAAGUGAAAUCAAAACCAAUCCUCAAGUCAAUACUAUUCAAUUCAAUACACCAAUCAAAGCAAGAUAUUGGAGAUUCUUCAAGGAAGAUCGUGAUUAUCUCUUCUUUGGUAUGAUUAGAUUAUUUGGUUAUUGUGAUUAUGUACCAAUUCAAACUAAGAGUGGUAUUAUUUUAUCAGUGAAGGAAGCUCUUGCUCAAUGGGAACCAAAAUAUACUGGUCCAGAAAUUAAUCUUAUUCCAAUCAAGAAACUUAAUUCCAAGGGAGAAUCCAGACGUGAAAAUACAUUGGAAGGUUUAUUAGAUGAUACUGGUGAUUUUGGCUAUGUCACUACUUCUAAUCAUAAGGAAAUUGAAUUUGAAUAUGAGCAUGUUUACUUAUUUACCCACUUUGAGUACAUGACUUUGACAACUGUCAGCAACCCAGUUUAUUAUCUCAAAGAUACUAAAAUUGAGUACAAGUUGAAGGAUUCUGAAACUUGGACCUUGUUGACUACUAUUGAAGAAAAUCAAAUUCAAAUUACUCCUCUCGUAAAUACUAUCACUUUACCACAACCAAUCAAGGCCAAGUAUUUGAGAUUGGUUGCUUAUAGCAGUUGUAUUGAAAUUGGUAUGUUUAGAGCUUUUGGUUAUUCUCCAUUUGUUCCAAUUGAAACAAAGAGUGGUCCAAUUCUCCCACCAGAAUUAAUUGAAGAACAAUUGAAGGAUCCAUUCCCAGGUUGUGAUCAAAUUAACUUGAUCAAACCUCAUGCUAUGUAUCACAGUACUAAUAGACGUACCAAGACUGAUCCAAAAGUUAUUGAUGAUUUAUUAAGAUCAGAUGGAAAACCAGGUUUUGCCACAAAUGAUGGUACUUCAUCAUUUAUUGAAGUUGCAUUUGAACGUGUUUACAAUUUCAGAGUUUUGGCAUUUAGAGAACAUCCUAAUGGUAAACAAUUUGAAAAAGUAGAUGGUUGGGGUAGAACUCAAACCUCUUCAAUUGUUGGUGUUUCACUUGAAUACAAGAUGAGAAGUAGAGAUCCAUGGGUUACUUUGCAGCAUAUUACAGAAAUCAAGACAAGUGUCCAAGGUGUUUUAAUGGUAGAUUUUGGAGAAUGUGGACAUAGAGCUAGAUAUUUCCGUUUUGUACAAACUCCACACUCUGGAUUGACUGGUACUUUAGCAGUUGGUAUGCUCAAAUUUUAUGCUAUGGCUCCAGUUCAAAACUUUAAGAUUGGUAAUGCUGACUACAGUGGUGAAGUCAAGAUUGAAACAAUUAGAAAUGACCACUCAGAUAUUCCAAAACUUGCUCCAGCAAAUCUUGUUGAUCCAAUCUAUACUGAAAGUACAUGUCCAGAUGUUAACGUAGUUGCUCCAAUCAAACUCUAUUCAUCAAAGAAUAAUAAUAGAGCCAAUAACACUAUUGAAGGUAUUAUUGAUGAUUCAGGAGUGGCUGGAUGUGCUAUAGGUCAAUCUGUUCAUAACUAUAUGGUUCUUGAAUUUGAAGCUGUUCAUCUUUUCAAAUAUUUGGAAUUCAAGAAGCAAAAGACUAUCAAGUUUGAUGAUGAGCUUCGUCACCGUUUGAAUUUGUACUAUAAGGUUCAAGAAGGUGAUGCCUGGACUAAAGUUGAUACUUUUGAUCAAAAGUAUUACCACUGGCCAAAACUCAAUAUUUGGAAGUUUAAUGGUGAUGAAGGUAUUACUGCUAGAUUCUGGAAAUUUGAAAGAAUUUGUGGUGACUUUUCAUUUGGUAUGCUUCAAUUCUUUGCUGUUGCUCCAUUUGUUCCAUAUAAUACUACAAAGGGUUUACUCCUCUCUAGAGAUCAACAAGAAGCAAUUCACAUGACUCCAUACAGAGGUAGUGAAAUCAAUUGUUUAGUUCCAAAUGAUAUGAUGAUUGGAAGAGAAGAUGAUGAAACCAAAACACCUAAACAAGCAACCAAAUUUAAUACCUAUGAUAGAGCUGAAAAUAAUCAAAAAGGUAUUUUGGAUGAUUCUGCUGAAUAUGGUAUCUGUUCACCAUUUGGUACUUUGAUUUUAAGUUAUACUAAUAUUCACUUCUUCAAAUAUAUUGAAUAUUAUACUCAUGCAUUGUACAAUGAAAAAACCCAAACCAAUUUCUGCUCAGAUAUUAGAGUGUAUUACAGAAUUAGAGAAACUGAACCUUGGAUUAGUUUCGAUAAGACUAUUGAAGAAUCCAAACCAUAUCCAUAUUUGAAUAGAUUUGAAAUUGAUGAAAGUUCAACUGGCUUCAAGGCUAGAUACUGGAAAUUCGAAACUUCUAAUCUCUUAUUAUUGGGUACUUUUAGAGUUUAUGGAUUUGGUGAAUUUGUUCCUGCUGAAACAAGAACUGGAGCUCUUCUUCCAGUUAAUGGUGAUAUCAAAAAGUACAAAUUACAAGAAAAGUUGAAAAAUAUUGAAGCUCACAACAAGUUGAUUGAAUUGCAUGAACAAACUAAAUAUUGUAAAGUUUGUUUAGAAGAUUUAGAAGAAAAUGUUGAUUCACUCAUGGAUUGUAAGACUUGCGGUGUUGGUUUGUGUGAACGUGACGCCAAAGUUCACAAGAAGAAGAAUCCAACUCACGAAAUUUCUGAAAGAGUUGCUUUACAACCACUUGCUGAUGAACCAGAAGAGGAAGAAACUCACCAUGGCUGUGCUUCUCAUAAUGCCAAGCCAACCAAUAUCAAAGACUUACAAGGUUUGGAGAAGUAUUAUUCCAAAGUUAUUCAAGAAAAAUUCACCCCUGUCACUGAAGGAAUGGGACCACUUAAGCAACUCGUAAAUGAUCGUUCUCUCUUGGUCGAUCCUGUUGCUGUUGGUUCAAGUUCAAUCUCCAUUGUCUUGCCAGAUUGUGCUACCUCUAAAAACUUAAGUGAAAGAAGCUCCUAUACAUCUAUUGCCAUUGUCGGUUCUAGAAAAGAAAUAAUUUUGGAAUUGAUCAAUCUCCGUUUCACAAACAAAUUGAACUCACCAAUUUCAAUUACCUCCAUGAAACUUGAAUAUUUGGAUCAUGAUGGAACAACUUGGAAAGCAUUUGGUGGUGUUGAAGCUGCCUAUUGGGAAGCUGCAACUGUUGCCACUGCUACCUCUACAAACUUUGGUAGAGAUGUUGAAUUUGUAGUUAGAAAGAGUGAAACCCAAGGUCAAUAUGUUUGGGGUAAAACUAUCAAUCUCAGUUCAGGAUCAACAAGCAAGGAGUAUCUCAUCAAGGCUGCUGUUGAUUAUCAAGGAAUUUGUCCAAAGUCUUAUAGAGCCCUUCAUAUGACACCAUAUGAUUUACCAUAUCCAUGCACUUUUAGAUUCAGCUUUACUGACUCACUUAAUCAAUCCAAAUCAAUGGAAAUUGUUUACAUGACUCCAGAAUUGAGUGGAAUUGUUACUCCUCAAGAAUUUAAAACCAAAUCAUACUUGAGAGAUAAUGACUUCUUUGAUGAAUGUAGUGAUAUUAUUAAUAGAGAGCAAUCAUUUGUUGGAGUUAAAUUAGAUUCUGGCAAUGAAGGAAUUGUUCUCUUCAACAGUGGAAUCAAAGAAGGUGAAGCUAAAAAGACAUAUGAUUUGGGUCAAUUGAGAUUUAGAUUUGAACACUCCAAUAUGGAAGAAACUCUCUUGUGGGAAGGUAACGGAGACUAUUGUAAAGCCAAAUUCUACUUGUUGUGUGAUCCAGAAUUGUACUAUAGAGGAUAUUGUAUUAAGGUUGUUGCUCAUACCUUGACUGCUAGUAAUUCCAUUGUUAGAUAUUAUCCACUCUAUGAAUUUAUCCAACAAUGCAAACCUUUAUCCAUUAAUUAAUAAAUUCCUUUCUCUCCU